CACCGACGUUAUAAUAGCCUGAUGACUUUCAGCUGGACACUUAAUCCACUUCCACUCACGUCCGCCCUAAUCUUAACAUCGCGUAUAUGGAAUAAGCGACGUCAUGCUGAUAGAAAACGCGGUCAAAAAAGAGCAGAUGUUUUUCCAGCGGUUCGUUGUUCUGCAGGAGCUUUGUGCUGUCUGUUUGUAGGCUAUUAGGCAAAGACAAACAUAUCGUUGCGAAACGAUUUACUCCUGUAAACUAAGCAGCCUUAUAUGCGCUUAACCUUUUCAGUCUGCAGAAUAGCACCUUGCAUGCAAGUAAUGACGUAAGCUCAAGUUAGAUCAUGGAUGAUGAGUCUGCGCCACGUCCUGUUCGUCCUACGUUUACGUGGCUUGUGGGAGCGUCACAGGUGCUGGGUCUGGCAUCUGUGGUACUGAGCGGUGUGUGGAUGGGUCACUACCAUGGGGGCUUUGCCUGGGAUGGCUCAGAGAAAGAGUUCAACCUGCACCCUUUGUGCAUGGUGCUGGGGCUGGUCUUCCUGCAUGCUGACGCUAUCCUGGUCUACAGAGUAUUUCGUCAUGAGCCCAAGAAGAAUGUUAAGCUGCUCCAUGGCACAAUUCACCUGCUUGCCCUCAUCAUCAGUAUUGUAGGCUUUGUAGCUGUAUUCGACUUCCACAGAGCAGCAAAAAUCCCAGACAUGUACUCUCUACACAGCUGGUGUGGCAUGGCUACCUUAGUCCUGUUCUGCUUACAGUGGGUGAUGGGUUUGCUGUUCUUCCUGUUUCCUGUUGCGUCAUCAUGGUUACGAGCCUCAUACCUCCCCAUCCAUGUAUUCUCUGGUCUGGUUCUGCUGAUCAUGGCUAUAGGCAGCAGUUUGCUCGGCAUCACUGAGAAACUCCUCUUCAGCAUCACGCUGACCUACUCCACGUUCAACCCAGAGGGGGUACUGGCUAACGUUUUGGGGAUCCUUCUGGUGUGUUUUGGGGUGCUGCUGGGCUAUCUGAUCACCAGGGAGGAAUACAGACGCCCGCCCAACCCAGAGGAAGAAUCUCUGUCUGUACACUUCAAGACUCUGACCGAGGGGGGCUCGCCCACCACGCCCUAAUCUCUAGUCACCUGACACUCCCACCGUUGUUUGGAUAUAACGGUGUCCUACCAACAGACUAGCCUCUGCUACCAGUCUCUGUUAAUAUCUAGCUGCAAAGUCAUCCGUUUCCAUGAAUGUGGUCAGAAUGUUUAGGCUUUGUUCAGUGAGGUCAAUAAAAAUCCCAGACAAGAGCUUUAAUGAUUA